AUGUAUGAUGUCGCGUCUUUACUCGAGUCGAUAGAGGAGUCGCUCUCUUCCGGUGCUGACGAUGAGGACCCCAGGAGGGCGCUCGAGGACGAGGUCGAAUUGGAUCCUGUAGGCGGACCGGCUGGUGAUGAGGGAUCGGAUGACGAGCCAGGGCCGUUGAUUGAUGACGAUGAGGCAUCGGAUUGGUCCGAGUCUGAUAGUGAGGAUGGCGGUGAAGUGGAUGAGGAGGCCAGUGAAGGAUUGGUUGACGCAGGGCCGUCCAACGCAGGGCCGUCCAACGCAGGGCCGUCAAAUGCAGGACCGUCCAAUACGAACAGUAAUUUGCCGUUAGCUCUUG